AUGGAAUAUCUUUCUCACCCUCCACCAGAACCUGAUUUUUGGAUUUAUGUUGCUAGCUAUUUAAGAAAUGGAUGGUUUCAGUGGAGCUUUGUUGUUAUUCCGUUCUUUUUGUUGGCAUUUUAUCUGAAAUUCACAAUGCCUUCUUAUGGGCAAGAUGAAAAAAAUAAAUAA